GGGAAUGCGCAGUUGUCAUUGAAGAACACAGAGGGCACAGAUUGCUCCACGAGUUCCUCAGCUACUCUACUGCUGUAUUUAGCCUCUUUCUACCACCGGAGCACUCUCUCUCUCUCUUAUCCGCUCAGCUCACCAUCCAUUCACCAGCGUCUCAGGACUCAGUGCAGCUACCAUGGAGAACGUGGCGAUAUUUGACUCACCUGGCAAGGGGAGAGGCCUGAAGACGACCAAGGAGCUCUGGGCUGGAGAUGUCAUUUUUUCUGAGGCCAGUCUUGCGGCCGUUGUGUUCGACAGUCUGGCGGAGCGUAUUUGCCACAGUUGUUUCCGCAGACAAGACAAGCUCCAGAGGUGUGGCCAGUGCAAAUUUGCUCAUUAUUGCGACCGGACUUGCCAGCGAGCCGGCUGGGCCGAACACAAGCAAGAAUGUGGAGCCAUCAAGGCUUACGGCAAAAUACCAAAUGAGAACAUCCGUUUGGUGGCUCGCAUCAUGUGGCGACUUGACAAGGAAGGGAGUAUAGUGUCUGACAUGCAGCUGACAACACUGGAGGAACUGGAGGAUCACAUUGCCGACAUGCAAGACGAGGAAAUGCAGGAGUUCAAAGUAGACAUCCACAACUUCCUGGACUACUGGCCCCGAAACAGCAAACAGCACACAAUCGACGACAUCUCACAUGCUUUUGGAGUGAUCAUGUGCAACGGCUUUACUGUGAGUGACCAAAGGGGCCUUCAGGCAGUGGGAGUCGGUCUUUUCCCAAAUUUGUGUCUCGUGAAUCACGACUGCUGGCCAAACUGCACCGUAAUCCUCAAUCACGGCAAUCAAUCAGCUGUGAAUACUAUGUUUCACUCUCAACGGAGGAUUGAGCUGCGCUCUUUGGGCAAGAUCGAAGAGGGACAGGAGCUGACAAUCGCAUACGUGGACUACUUGAAUAAGUCAGAGGAGAGACAAAGACUGCUCAAAACACAAUAUUUCUUUGACUGCACGUGUGAGCACUGCAAGAACCACACCAAAGAUGACCUGAAGUUGGGGGGAAAGGAGGUGGACGGAGUCAAGCCUUCAGAGGAGCAGGUCAAAGAGGCGACAGACUAUUGCUUUGAAAUGCUGGAGAAGAUGGACAAGUCUCGAUUAAAUGGUGACUACCACGAGGUGGUAAAAAUCUGCGAGGGAUGCAUAGAGAAGACAGAGCCAGUGUUGGCUGACACUCACAUCUAUUUGUUGAGGAUGUGGAGCACGUUGAGCGAGGUGAAAGCUUACCUGCAGUUCUUUGAAGAUGCUUCAGACUACGCCCGUAAAAUGGUGGAAGGAUACACGAAGUUAUACCACCCGAACAAUGCUGCUCUCGGUAUGGCCGCCAUGCGAGCAGGAGUGAACCACUGGCAAGCCGGGCAGAUAGAGAUUGGACAUGGGAUGGUCUGCAAGGCCUAUGCCAUUCUCAUGGUCACCCACGGCCCAACACAUCCCAUCACCAAGGACCUGGAGGCAAUGCGGAUGCAGACGGAGAUGGAGCUGAGGAUGUUCAAGCAGAACGAGUACGUUUACCACAGUAUGAGGGAGGCAGCACUGAAGAACAAACCAAUGUCCAUGAUGCAUGAACCCAGUUCCAUGGAGGAGGGAAUCAAGAAUCUCUUCCACCGGAGAAAGUAACCACUGGAUCUGACUCGAGAAAUUCUAUCGUUUACUGUAAACUGCUUUGAAUGUUGGUGUGAGAGUCUAAAAUAAUAGUCACAUGGUUAUUUUUGUAGUUACACUUUACAUUAAAAAGAUGCCACAUAA